AUGGAGGACGCCUGGGCUUUAGAGGUAAGAUGUGUGUGACCUGUGCGCCUGUGUAUUCUUUUUUUUGUUUGUUUGUUUGUUUGUCCCCGCUCCUCGUGUUCGGCCUCUGAGCCGCCGCGAGUCGACGGAGAGGAGCAGGAAAGUGCGCUCUACACCCCCCCUUCCCCGGGGGGCGUCGGGCCCAGCGCCCUCUGCAAGACAGGCCAUCCCGCGGGGGACGGUCGCGUCGUCUCUCAUCCUACGCGUCCGUUCUUCUCGUCAGCUGAGCCGGCGCCGGCACGGCGACGAAGAGGACGGACCCGUGGUUCUGAGACGACGCGUCCCCCGCUCCGGGGUUCGGCCGCUGAGACGACGCGCAGCACGUCGACGGAGAGGAGCAGGAAAGUGCGCUCGAGACGACGCGUCCCCCGCUCCGGGGUUCGGCCGCUGAGACGACGCGCCGCACGUCGACGGAGAGGAGCAGGAAAGUGCGCCUCCGCGGCUACGGUCCAAGACCGUCCCGAGGAGGGGGAAAGCGCCGGAGGCGAGUUUGGAAAAAGGGAAAAACGGGGGACGGAGGAUUCGUCUGCGAGUCGACGUGCUGAGAAACCCCCGACGCUCUCCUGUUCCCGUUCCGGCCGGCUACCGCCGCGGAGACGUUCUCGACGAGGGAGAAAAGGGCGCGCGACUGCGGCCGAACGUGUGGCGCGCGGAUGGAGACUGAUGGAGACGGAUGGAGGACGCCUGGGCUUUAGAGGUAAGAUGUGUGUGACCUGUGCGCCUGUGUAUUCUUUUUUUUGUUUGUUUGUUUGUUUGUCCCCGCUCCUCGUGUUCGGCCUCUGAGCCGCCGCGAGUCGACGGAGAGGAGCAGGAAAGUGCGCUCUACACCCCCCCUUCCCCGGGGGGCGUCGGGCCCAGCGCCCUCUGCAAGACAGGCCAUCCCGCGGGGGACGGUCGCGUCGUCUCUCAUCCUACGCGUCCGUUCUUCUCGUCAGCUGAGCCGGCGCCGGCACGGCGACGAAGAGGACGGACUCGUGGUUCUGAGACGACGCGUCCCCCGCUCCGGGGUUCGGCCGCUGAGACGACGCGCAGCACGUCGACGGAGAGGAGCAGGAAAGUGCGCUCGAGACGACGCGUCCCCCGCUCCGGGGUUCGGCCGCUGAGACGACGCGCAGCACGUCGACGGAGAGGAGCAGGAAAGUGCGCUUGAAACGACGCGUCCCCCGCUCCGGGGUUCGGCCGCUGAGACGACGCGCCGCACGUCGACGGAGAGGAGCAGGAAAGUGCGCUCUACCCCCCCCUUCCCCGGGGGGCGUCGGGCCCAGCGCCCUCUGCAAGACAGGCCAUCCCGCGGGGGACGGUCGCGUCGUCUCUCAUCCUACGCGUCCGUUCUUCUCGUCAGCUGAGCCGGCGCCGGCACGGCGACGAAGAGGACGGACCCGUGGUUCUGAGACGACGCGUCCCCCGCUCCGGGAUUCGGCCUCUGACGCGCCGCACGUCGACGGAGAGGAGCAGGAAAGUGCGCUCUACCCCCCCUUCCCCGGGGGCGUCGGGCCCAGCGCCCUCUGCAAGACAGGCCAUCCCGCGGGGGACGGUCGCGUCGUCUCUCAUCCUACGCGUCCGUUCUUCUCGUCAGCUGAGCCGGCGCCGGCACGGCGACGAAGAGGACGGACCCGUGGUUCUGAGACGACGCGUCCCCCGCUCCGGGGUUCGGCCGCUGAGACAACGCGCCGCACGUCGACGGAGAGGAGCAGGAAAGUGCGCUCUACCCCCCCUUCCCCGGGGGCGUCGGGCCCAGCGCCCUCUGCAAGACAGGCCAUCCCGCGGGGGACGGUCACGUCGUCUCUCAUCCUACGCGUCCGUUCUUCUCGUCAGCUGAGCCGGCGCCGGCAUGGCGACGAAAAGGACGGACCCGUGGUUCUGAGACAAGGCGUCCCCCGCUCCGGGAUUCGGCCUCUGACGCGCCGCACGUCGACGGAGAGGAGCAGGAAAGUGCGCUCUACCCCCCCCUUCCCCGGGGGCGUCGGGCCCAGCGCCCUCUGCAAGACAGGCCAUCCCGCGGGGGACGGUAACGUCGUCUUUCAUCCUACGCGUCCGUUCUUCUCGUCAGCUGAGCCGGCGCCGGCACGGCGACGAAGAGGACGGACCCGUGGUUCUGAGACGACGCGUCCCCCGCUCCGGGAUUCGGCCUCUGACGCGCCGCACGUCGACGGAGAGGAGCAGGAAAGUGCGCUCUACCCCCCCCUUCCCCGGGGGCGUCGGGCCCAGCGCCCUCUGCAAGACAGGCCAUCCCGCGGGGGACGGUCACGUCGUCUCUCAUCCUACGCGUCCGUUCUUCUCGUCAGCUGAGCCGGCGACGGCAUGGCGACGAAAAGGACGGACCCGUGGUUCUGAGACGACGCGUCCCCCGCUCCGGGAUUCGCCCUCUGACGCGCCGCACGUCGACGGAGAGGAGCAGGAAAGUGCGCUCUACCCCCCCCUUCCCCGGGGGCGUCGGGCCCAGCGCCCUCUGCAAGACAGGCCAUCCCGCGGGGGACGGUCACGUCGUUUCUCAUCCUACGCGUCCGUUCUUCUCGUCAGCUGAGCCGGCGCCGGCAUGGCGACGAAAAGGACGGACCCGUGGUUCUGAGACGACGCGUCCCCCGCUCCGGGAUUCGGCCUCUGACGCGCGGCACGUCGACGGAGAGGAGCUUCCUUUGCUUAUCCGUCGAAGACGCUACGUGUGCGCCGACUUGGCGGAAGGUGAUUUUUCGUGUCCGAUCGACAUGUUGAGAAAGCUGGCCCGUGAAACCUACACACACUUGCUCCCCCGACCCACAACGAUACCUUCCGAUCCCCAGAGCUUUUCUCUUACACGGGUAGUGGAUGAUAUGUGGAGCGUUUUAGAAUUGGUGAAAAGCGGAUGGUGUGACGUUUCCCGACCCCAUCGCGUAAUAGAGUAUCUACAAAACAAGGAAGGACCCUCUGUUACGCCAGCGGCGUUAAUUUGCUGCGUAGAUGAUGACAGUCCGGGAUACCUGUUUGAGAUUAUAGACGCCAAGGGGAAGAGGCUGAAAGUAACAUUUAAUAAAUGGGGCUUCACGUUUGGAUCGGGUCUACAUUUCUCCGGACUCACAAGUCUGCUGUCACAUAUCUGUGAGGUCGAUGGAGUACACUUUGUGAUUAACUGUAGAUUCUUGCUCACUGCGAGCGAACCGGAGCGUCCGAUGUAA